UAAAACAUAGGAUGGUCCUCCCUCCCAUAGAUAUCAUAUAUAAACACUUAUAUAGUCUAUGCUCCCUCCCACAGCCUGACGUCGCUAGACCGAUCCACGUUCUGACGUAGCAUUGCGUCAUGUGAGGACGUUCGUGGGGCGGCACCACGGGGCUGAACCAUAGGGGCUGAACGCGGGACUCGUGCUACUCGUGCAACGUGAACUGAUGUAAGACAACUUCUACUCUCAUAGAAACAUUUAUUCUGUGUUUGUUCUACGCGUUUCUUCCAUUGACACCACGCAGCCCGACACGUGGUAGGAUGUCGAGCCCCAAGCUGUUGACCCUGGUGCUGGUGGUGCAGCCCGGCCGGGUGCUGCUGGGCAUGAAGAAGAGGGGCUUCGGGGUCGGGAAGUGGAACGGCUUUGGGGGCAAAGUUCAGCCCGGAGAGAGCAUCGAAGAGGCCGCUAGGAGGGAACUGCAAGAAGAAAGUGGGCUCACAGUGGACGCUCUCGAGAAGGUCGGAAACAUAAAGUUUGACAUGGUCGGAGACAGGGAGCUGCUGGACGUCCAUGUUUUCAGGGCGGAUGCUUACAACGGAGACCCGACAGAGUCCGACGAGAUGCGGCCUCAGUGGUUCGAUUGGGAUCAAAUCCCCUUCAGUGAAAUGUGGGCUGAUGACAUCCUGUGGUUCCCUCUGUUGCUGCAGAAGAAGAAGUUUGUCGGAUACGUUAAGUUCCAGGAUCACAAUGUGAUGCUCAGCCACACACUGGAAGAGGUGGACGAGGUCUGAGAUGAUAAUGUGGCCGGUGGUGACACUGUUUAUGAGUCGGACCAAAAAUGAUCAGCUGUAGAUAUCAAGCACUGAAGAUAUCCAACUGUUAAAUGUUCUUGUUCAAUUUGUUUGUAGGAAGAAACAAGUUCCUGACUGCUUUGAAAAACAGUUUAAACUGAAGAUUUAGUGUUUACAAAUCUGUUCAUUAUUCUAUCAUGUAUUCAUAUCUGUGUAUACCUCCACCAAGGCAACAUUUCCCUUAUGAAGCCCCAUUUAAAUCCACUAGAUCUGGAUUUAUAUUUGGAUCUGCAACACAUAGAUCUAUCAAAUACUCCCUGGGAAAUCUGUAAAAUGCGUAAAUCUGCUAACAAACAAGCAAACCAACAGACAGGGCAGAUAACAUAACCUCCUUGGUGGAGGUGAAACUAAAUCACAGCAUCCGUGCAGAGACAGAAUGUUUUCAAUUCUGUAAUUUUAUUUUUCAGGAUAUUCAGUUUAACUUCAUUCAGCAAGUUCUUCUUUUUCUUUAAUAGAAUAUUUACAAUAUGUACAGUGAUCAUUUUAUUGGGUUUCAUAUUCUGUGCAAGAUCAUUUGAUUCCCAAUGCGAUUCCUGUUUCCAAAAACAUGUUUAAUUUUUCUCCAUAAAAUACCUGUUGAUAACUAA